AUGAAGCACAUUCAGAAGGAAGACAUUGUCACCAUCCCCGAGGGUGUUACCGUUGCCAUCAAGGCCCGUAACAUUACCGUUACCGGUCCCCGUGGUACCCUGACGCGCGAUAUGCGUCACAUCCAGAUGGACAUCCAGCGCCCCACCAAGAACACCAUCCGCAUUAUUGUCUGGCAGGGUGGCCGCAAGCACAUUGCCUGCAUCCGCACCGUGUGCUCGCACAUCAACAACCUGAUCAAGGGUGUCACCAAGGGUUACGAGUACAAGAUGCGUUUCGUGUACGCGCAUUUCCCCAUCAGUGUCAACAUCAACAAGGAGGAUAACUCGGUUGAGAUCCGUAACUUCCUGGGUGAGAAGUACGUCCGCAAGGUCUUCCUGCUCCCCGGUGUUGAUAUUGUUCAGACCAUCGGUACCAAGGACGAGCUGGUCCUGACCGGUAACGAUCUUGCCAACGUUUCGCAGUCCGCUGCCUCGAUCCAGCAGGCUACCCGUGUCCGCAACAAGGAUAUCCGUAAGUUCCUCGAUGGUAUCUACGUUUCGGAGAAGAGCACCAUCAUCAAGGACGUCAUCUAA